CAGCACGGCCACGCCCACCAGCACAGCCAUGACCACCAGCACAGGCCAGUGGACUUCCGGGCCCACCGAGGUCAGCACCACGGCCACCACCCAGUCACGCCCCUCGUCCCCCAGGAUCACAGAGAGUGUCCCAGCCACCCAGACAGCUGGCACCUCCCUCAGGACCACCCAGUGGCGCUCUGUCCCAAGUCCCUCUGCCUCCACAGGGACCCUGACCACAACUGCCAAGCCAGCCUCAUCCAGUGCCCCCCAUGUGGCCACCUCCCCCAUUCAGACCACCCCUGGGACCCCGUCCUCCAGUCCCACCAUUGGGACCUCCCUGCCCACCAGCUCCCUGAGGCCGACCCCGACCUCUACAACCUCCAUGACCUCCACGACCUCUGGGGCCUGCACGCCACGGUGCACGUGGACAGACUGGUUCGACGAGGACUACCCCACCCCAGUUGCCGAUGGCGGGGACUUUGAGACCCUCUCUGUCCUCCGCGCUGCCGGCCACAGCUUCUGCGAGCAGCCUCAGGACAUCGAGUGCCGAGCAGAGAAGGCGCCUGACAGGAGCCUGGAGGACGUGGGCCAGGUGGUUCAGUGUGACGUGCGCUUCGGGCUGGUGUGCCGCAACCGAGACCAGGGCGGCCUCUUCAGGAUGUGCCUCAACUACCACGUGCGUCUGCUCUGCUGCGACUACAGCCACUGCCCCUCCACGCCCGGCACCACGGCAGCCCCCUCCCCGUCUUCAGGGAGCACCCUCACCCCAGUGAUGUCCACCACCAGGGCCACCACCCUGGUGAGGCCCUCCACGGCCUCCAGCAGCACCUCCCAGGCCAGAGAGACCCUGCCCAGACGCACCAGCACUGUGAUCAGCACCACCAGGGCCACCUCCAGCCCAGGGGCCAGCACCAGACCCUCCCCAUCGCCCCCCAUUCCCGUGACCACCAGCUCCCUGCCGGGCACCACCCCGGGCCCUUCUACAGCCGUCCCCAUGGCUACAGGCUCCACGAUGAAGGCUCUGACUUCUCCCAUCACGACCUCCAGCACCACAACCUCAGUGGCCACGCCCACUGCCUGUCAGCCUCGCUGUGCCUGGACCGACUGGCUGGACCAGAGCUACCCCAUGCCCGGGGCCUCCGGAGGGGACUUUGAGACCUACGCCAACAUGCAGGCAGCCGGCCGGCCCGUCUGCGAGCGGCCCCAGGGCCUGGAGUGCCGGGCCUCGUCCCUGCCCGACGUGCCCCUGGAGCAGCUGGGCCAGGUGGUGCUGUGCAGGCUGGAGGAGGGCCUGGUGUGCCGCAACCGCGACCAGGCCGGCCGCUUCAAGAUGUGCUUCAACUACCAAAUCCGCGUGCUCUGCUGUGACGACUACAGCCACUGCCCCAGCACGGCCAUGACCACCAGCACGGCCAUGACCACCAGCACGGCCACGCCCACCAGCAUGGGCCAGCGGACUUCCGGGCCCACCGAGGUCAGCACCACGGCCACCACCCAGUCACGCCCCUCGUCCCCCAGGAUCACAGAGAGUGUCCCAGCCACCCAGACAGCUGGCACCUCCCUCAGGACCACCCAGUGGCGCUCUGUCCCAAGUCCCUCUGCCUCCACAGGGACCCUGACCACAACUGCCAAGCCAGCCUCGCCCAGUGCCCCCCAUGUGGCCACCUUCCCCCAUAUCAGACCACCCCUGGGACCCCGUCCUCCAGUCCCACCAUUGGGGACCACCCUGCCCACCAGCUCCCUGAAGCCAACCAUGACCUCCAUGACCUCCACGACGUCCAUGACCUCUACAACCUCCACAACCUCCAUGACCUCCGUGACCUGCACCCCACGGUGCAUGUGGACUGACUGGCUUGACGCUGACUAUCCCACACCCGGCCAGGACGGCGGGGACUUUGAGACCCUCUCUGUCCUCCGCGCUGCCGGCCACAGCUUCUGCGAGCAGCCUCAGGACAUCGAGUGCCGAGCAGAGAAGGCGCCUGACAGGAGCCUGGAGGACGUGGGCCAGGUGGUUCAGUGCGACGUGCGCUUCGGGCUGGUGUGCCGCAACCGCGACCAGGGCGGCCUCUUCAGGAUGUGCCUCAACUACCACGUGCGUCUGCUCUGCUGCGACUACAGCCACUGCCCCUCCACGCCCGGCACCACGGCGGCCCCCUCCCCGUCUUCAGGGAGCACCCUCACCCCAGUGACGCCCACCACCAGGGCCACCACCCUUGUGGGGCCCUCCACGGCCUCCAGCGGCACCUCCCAGGCCAGAGAGUCCACCACCAGGCCCUGGGAGACCCUGCCCAGACGCACCAGCACUGUGAUCAGCACCACCAGGGCCACCUCCAGCCCAGGGGCCAGCACCAGACCCUCCCCAUCGCCCCCCAUUCCUGUGACCACCAGCUCCCUGCCGGGCAUCAACCCCGGGCCCUUCUACAGCCGUCCCCACGGCUACAGGCUCCACGAUGAAGGCUCUGACCUCUCCCAUCACGACCUCCAGCACCACAACCUCAGUGGCCACGCCCACUGCCUGUCAGCCUCGCUGUGCCUGGACCGACUGGCUGGACCAGAGCUACCCCAUGCCCGGGCCUCCGGAGGGGACUUUGAGACCUACGCCAACAUGCAGGCAGCCGGCCGGCCCGUCUGCGAGCGGCCCCAGGGCCUGGAGUGCCGGGCCUCGUCCCUGCCCGACGUGCCCCUGGAGCAGCUGGGCCAGGUGGUGCUGUGCAGGCUGGAGGAGGGCCUGGUGUGCCGCAACCGCGACCAGGCCGGCCGCUUCAAGAUGUGCUUCAACUACCAAAUCCGCGUGCUCUGCUGUGAUGACUACAGCCACUGCCCCAGCACGGCCACGCCCACCAGCACGGCCCUGCCCACCAGCACGGCCACGCCCACCAGCACGGGCCAGCGGACUUCCGGGCCCACCGAGGUCAGCACCACGGCCACCACCCAGUCACGCCCCUCGUCCCCCAGGAUCACAGAGAGUGUCCCAGCCACCCAGACGGCUGGCACCUCCCUCAGGACCACCCAGUGGCGCUCUGUCCCAAGUCCCUCUGCCUCCACAGGGACCCUGACCACAACUGCCAAGCCAGCCUCGCCCAGUGCCCCCCACGUGGCCACUUCCCCCAUACAGACCACCCCUGGGACCCCGUCCUCCAGUCCCACCAUUGGGACCACCCUGCCCACCAGCUCCCUGAGGCCGACCCCGACCUCCACCACCUCCACCACCUCCCUGACCUCCACGACCCCUGGGGCCUGCACGCCACGGUGCACGUGGACAGACUGGUUCGAUGAGGACUACCCCACCCCGGUUCCCGACGGCGGGGACUUUGAGACCCUCUCUGUCCUCCGCGCUGCCGGCCACAGCUUCUGCGAGCAGCCUCAGGACAUCGAGUGCCGAGCAGAGAAGGCGCCGGACACGAGCCUGGAGGACGUGGGCCAGGUGGUGCUGUGCGACGUGCGCUUCGGACUGGUGUGCCACAACCGUGACCAGGGCGGCCUCUUCAGGAUGUGCCUCAACUACCACGUGCGUCUGCUCUGCUGCGACAGCCACUGCCCGUCCUCAACCCCGGAGACUCCCAGGUCUCCCUGGCUCCCUAGCACCCCUGGGCCCAGCGCCUCACCCAGCCCUCUCGUCUCUACCACACCCUGCCGGUGCCGGGCGUUUGGACAGCUGUUCUCACCAGGGGAUGUCGUCUACAACAGGACGGACAAGGCCGGCUGCCACUUCUACGCCAUCUGCAACCAGCACUUCGAGCUGGACCGCUUCCAGGGCGCCUGCCCCACCUCCUCGCCCGUGGAGCUCCCGACGACGACCUGGGUGCCCCUGACCUUUCCAGCUCCUGGCUGUGACCUCGUGGACCCUCCCCGCCAGGUGAAUGAGACCUGGACGCUGGAGGACUGCACGGUGGCGCGGUGUGAGGGUGACAACCGCAUCGUCCUGCUGGAGCCGCAGCCUGUGGCCCAGGUCUCCUGUGUGAACGGACACCUGCCGGUCAAGGUGCAGAGCCCGCAGGAGCCCUGCCAGUUCCACUACGAGUGCGAAUGCUCCUGCAGCAGCUGGGGGGACUCCCACUACGUCACCUUCGACGGCACCCCCUAUUCCUUCCGGGACAACUGCACGCACGUGCUCAUGCGGGAGAUCCGGCCCCGGCACGGGAACCUCACCAUCCUCCUGGACAACCACCACUGCGGGGCCGCGGCCUCCGCCAGCUGCCCCCGCGCCCUCAGCGUCCGCUACGAGUCCUCGGAGGUCGUCCUCACCACUGAGACCACUGCCAGCGGGCAGGAGGAGGGCCUGAUCCUGUUCGACCGCGUGCGGGUGAGCCAGGGCUUCAGCAAGAACGGCGUGAGCGUGUCCAUGACGGCGAGCAGCACGAUGCGCGUGGACAUCCCGGCCGUCGGGGUCAGUGUCACCUUCGACGGGCAGGUCUUCCAGGUCCAGCUGUCCUACAGCCACUUCAGCCACAACACCGAGGGCCAGUGCGGUGAGCGGGACACGCGGGCCCUGCAGGGGAUGCCCAGGGCAGCCGUCCAAGCCCGCUGCCCCCCCUCCCCGUGGAUGCCGGUCCACAGGGGUGCAGGGCCCAGGACUGCCUCCUCCCCUCACAGGACCCAGAGCCCGGAGAGCACGGGGCUGGCAGAGGGCUGCUUCUGCCCCGACGGACAGACCCUCUUCAACUCGCACACGGACGUCUGUGUGCCCGAGUGCCCCUGCGUGGGACCAGAUGGGUUCCCCAAAUUCCCUGGAGAGCGAUGGGUCAGCAACUGCCAGGCCUGCGUGUGCGACGCGGGCUCCGUGUCGGUGCAGUGCGUGCCCGUGCAGUGUGAUGCCCGGGAACUGCCCCGCGAGUGCGGCCAGACUGGCUUCGUGGCCGUGACCAGGCCCCUGGCGGACAACCCGUGCUGCCAGGAGACGCUGUGCGUCUGCAACACGACCACCUGCCCCCAGAGCACCCCGGCAUGUGGGCCAGGAGAGGAGCUGGCCCCCACCCAGGAGGAGGGCGGCUGCUGCACGACCUACACCUGCCGGCCCAAGCUGUGCACCUACAACGGCACCGUCUAUGGGCCACCCUCUGGCCCCCAGGGUUUCGAGUAUGUGACGGUGGCCGGGCAGUGCUGUGGGGAGUGCGUGCAGAAGGCCUGCCUCACGCCCGACGGCGGGCUGAUCCAGCCCAAUGAGACCUGGAUCAACAGCCUGGUGGACAACUGCACCGAGUACCACUGCCAGGCCGAGCACGGGGUCCCCGUGCUGAUCCUCAGGCCGUCGCCCUGCCCAGACGUGUCCAGCUGCAGGGGCAUCCUCAGGAAAACCGGCUGCUGCUACUCCUGCGAGGAAGUGGACUCCUGCCAGGUCCGCCUCAACAGGACGGUGCUGGAGCACCAGGGCUGCCAGGCCCCCGUCAACCUCACCUUCUGCGAGGGCUACUGCCCGGGAGUGUCCAAGUACUCCCCGGAGGCCCAGGCCAUGCAGCGCCGCUGCGCCUGCUGCCAGGAGAUCAGGGCCCACGAGGAGGCGGUGAGCCUGCAGUGCCCCGACGGGACGGCCGUCCGGCACACCUACACCCACAUCGACGAGUGCAGGUGCGACCUGGCCUGCGUGCCCUCGCCGGCCGCUCCCGAGCAAGGCCAAAGCUUCAUUGUCUGACCCCAGCCUGCCCCCCCUCCCCCCACCUGCCCUGGUGAAGCCCACACCCAGGACAGGGACAGAGCAGCAAGGUCACCUCGAAGCGGCACUAGGCAGGGACGCCCUCCGCCCCCUGCCCCUGCCCUGCCAUCGGGGCCACUCUCAUCUACAACGAGCACCCACUCGGCCCAGACCCCCCCUUCCUCCUGUCAGAGGGACAGCCUGGGACCCCACCGCCCGCCAAGCCCCAUGGAGCACGGACUCCUGCGGCCCCUCCACAGCAGACCCCGCACGGGCAGCGGUCCCCCCAGCCCGCUGCCUCCGGAGCCGCAUCGGGGUGCUGCCUGCCCGUGGGGCCGAGGCUCUGAUGGCGGGAGGGGGGGGAGGGGUCGGUGUCCUGAAGCCCUGCUCUGCUCACCAGCCCCAACUUUUCAAAUAAAUGCUGAGCAUCAAGUACACGUCCUGGUCCUGGCAUCACUCCCCGCCAUCCUGUGGGCUGUCUGGGGCCCCACAGGCUGCACCCCCCGCCGGGGCUUGUGCUGGACCCUGGGAGGGACAGGGGCAUGGAGACCGGGUCAGUCUCGGGUGGCCUCUGGGGACACUGGCAGGAGCCAGGGGUGGGCCAAGGGCUCAGAAACACCCUCACAUCAUUCCCAAUGCACGGGGUUAAUGACGACAGGGGUCACAGAGGGGGACAAGCAGGACCAGCUGACAGGAGGCGGCACACGCAGGAAGCAGCUGCCACAGGCUGGGGCUGCACCGGGGCUGCUGCCACCACUUCCCCUUCAGGCCCGUCACGUGUCCACUUGUUUCUUCCCCUGCUCUUGCCCAGCGCUGUGAGCACACUAUAUGGGGGGGGGGGGGCGAGGCAACUGCCCAUCUGUGCGCCCAGGAUGCAGAGGGCGCCCUGGCUGGGGGCCUCUCGCAGGAAGGACACGAGAUGAUCUCCACGU